AUGUCUUCUGACUACGAGCGGACAAUCCUGGAAUUCUACCAGCUUCCUACUCCAUACCCGAACGAAUGGCCCGACGAGAAGAACCAGAGCGAUGCGUCCGACGAUGAGGAGAGUAAGGACGAGAAGAAGGCGAAGCUGAACCGCCGGAAGUCACGAUAUCAGGCACUCGAGAGAGCUGUUAGCAAUCGAAGCAGCACAAUCCCCGGUUCACAGUCAGAGAAGGGUGGCAUUGGAAACAUCGUCCAGCGAGACGAGCCAGAUCCCUUGGGCACUACCGACAGUGUUGUUAGGACCCUGCGCCAACUGGGAGUGCCUGUUCAAGACGAUCCUCGUUUGCGCAAUCGAUUUCUCCUCUCUUCAACCACCUUCUCCCCUGCCCUGUUCCUGUCGCAGAUGCACGCGACCGCCGAUACUCAAAGCUUGCUGGUUGGCCUGGAUGUUCUCUCCCAGUCUAUCGAUCAGAAGUCUGCAUCACUUAAGGUUCUGGUGGAAACCAACUUUGAGCGUUUCGUCAAGGCAAAGGCCACUAUAGAUAAUGUAUACAGAGAGAUGAAGUAUCGAGGCGCAGAGCCGCCUCCUCCGCCUGCGACCGGUCGCCCUCGAGGCCACUCCCGACAUGCUAGCCGAAGCAGCUUCAGAAGCAGCAAUGGCGGCAUCGCUCUUGCCAACUCUCUUGGAUCCCCUACCUCGGACGCGCGCAAGAAGAAUGCGCUGGUUAAGGAGAGCGAAUACGGUGUCGCGGGCAUCAAGGCACCCCUACUAGACGUUUCCGCCAAGGCGGAGGACGUGUGGGGCCCAGCGUUGGGAGGUCGAGACAAGGAGGAGAAUCUCAAGGUUGUGUCAGCCAACCUUGAGCAGUUCAGGGAAUAUGUUGAGCUGAGCUCAGCUAUUGCCGAUAGCAUUAAACGCAGAGACUACGAAAGCCUUGUUGAAGAGUACAACAAGGCGCGCAAGUUCUCAGACGAUGCGCGCAGCUUGGCAGCAAGCGUGGCCCCUGGAUCUUCGACAGAUACACAACUCUACCAAAUUGUUUUGGCAGCACGAAUGUGGCACGAUGUCGACGAGCAGAUCCAGUCCUUCAAGCGGGAUGUUUGGCGAAAACUCGUUACCCUUCACGGCGUGUCGAAGACCGAAAACUUGGGCCAGCAGGACCAGCAUAUGGAGUUGAUCAGCCUGCUCCUGGAGUUAGGCGUGGAUGACAAUCCAAUCUGGGUUUGGUUGCUCAGUCGGUACGAUUACCUCAAGGGCAAGAUCCAGUCGACGUCGGAUCGCUCCAAGGUCGAAAUCGAGGUAUUGCGCCGAAGACUGGCAAAUGGCGAAAAGCCCGGCUCGCACGCAGUCGCGUCACACCUCCGGUCACUAGGCCGCGUGGCGGUGGAGAACAAGAUUGCAUCAGCCGACUCGGCGGAUGUUAUUGAGCUAUGGGAGAAAAUGCUAGCCUUCCUGUCCGGUUUGCUCUCGUCUCAAGGAAUUCUAGGAGAGGUAGUGGAUUUCUGGCAAACUGUGCAAGGCUUCUUGGAUGGCAACAUUCAGCGGACGUUGCCGCUGGGUUACAAUGGAGAAUCCCAAAACCACCACCAGUUGACGCCUCAAGGUGCAGAAGACCUUCAGAAAGGCACCCUGGAACUUGUCGAUAUGAUUCGCGAGACUGUCUUUGGUUUUUUUGUAGGGCCACCACCGGAAGAUAUAUCGCUGCUGUUCUCGCCUCUACCAAUGUCACCAAAAAGUCCCUCUUCGGCAUCAACCCCUACCGGUAUGAGAGAUCUUCGGCUCAACCUUGACCCCAACAAUAUCCCACCCCCUUCCCCCAAGCGCGGCGAGACAUGGGAGAAACUGGCAUUCUGGCCCCCUUGGUCUAAUUCCGUCAGUGGUGUCCAUUAUCUCUCCAAGAUGCUUGCGCUUGUAGGCUCUGGGGCUUCUGACCUUGCAAGUAUUGGACCCAUUGUCAACGGCCCGGAUUCCAGCGUUCUGGACAGACUUAAGUCACUGGUGAACAUUUCCAGAGAGAGAUGCGUCACUGCCUUGUGUGCUGCGUGGAACAAGGACGCCGAAAACAUCAAGUAUGUCGAGGACUGGUACCGAUCGCCGGAACUGGGUGACCUCACGCGCAUGCCUUCCAGUUUUGCUGCUUUUGAGGGCGCGCUGCUUGCUGGCAUGCAGAAGAUUCUCUACAUAUCUGAGGCCAUGUCUAAGCCUGGUGCGGGGGAUAUUGUUCUCCCACCACCUAGUAAGCUCUUGCAGAUGGUUAGAAGCCAGUACGUCACAACGCUCUAUAAGGCGUUGAGCGGCAUGGUAGAAAACGCAGAGCGAUCUGUCAAAAAGGCCGAUGACGAUUGGACGACAGAUAUUGAUGGAACCAUCGCCACGAGCGUCCCGCCUGCUCCAACAGGCGGAAGAGCAACGCUUGAUGCAGGGGAUAGGAAUGUCCGCAUGCUUCUGACACUUAGCAACCUACAAGCACUUCGGGCAAAGGUUGUUCCAAAUCUGAACUCGCAAUUCGAGAAUGCCUUCUCUGUGAAACUCAGUGAUGAAUCCAAGACUAUCAAGGACGUCCUGGGCCAGAUUGACGCCAGAUUGUUCCAAUCAUAUACCAGACCCUCAAUAGAGUCGCUCCGGAACAUUGUCCGAGCUGGCGUUGCGUCUCAAGACUGGGUCCCCGAGACUGGCCAGAAGCCGCGAGAAGCGAAACCCUACGUGUACGAGGCUCUUCUCAGCCUUGUUCUCGUCCAUACGCAGGUUUCAACGACUGCGCCUACUCUCACCUCUCAAGUGUUGUCUUACCUUCUUGAGCAAACUAGUCGUGAACUUCUAGAGGCAUUCCGCACUCGGCAGCGAUACACGCUUGAGGCCCUUAUGCAGGCCACCCUCGACGUUGAGUUUGUCGCUCAGACAUUGAGUCAAUACACCACAGAUCGCGCUUCCCAGCUCCAAAGUGAGAUUUACUCGGAACUUGACGGGCGUACCGAUAACGACGCGCGCGCUCGGCUGCAGAGCGAGCUUCCAGAAAUGCGGAGCGUCCUGAAGCGCCUCCGCGAAGCGAGCAAGAACGAGUUUGCGUGCUUCCGCAAGCCGAAGCGCCCUGGCAUGGGUCCCAUGCGAACGGGAACAGGUGACUCAACGGCUAGUAUCACCAAAGGCUAG